AUGACAACUCAUAAAAGAGGUAAUCCUCAGAUGUUCUUGCAAAGGCUCAAUUCCAGCGUAUCUUCUUUACCUAGUAUUCCUCAGGGAGAACAAGUGGUAAAUUUUGAACUUGACUCCUUUCAGGAAUCGGAUCCAGAUACACCAUUGAAGCAACGUGAUGAUAUUUUUGAUAUAGAAAGACAGCUAUCUCAGUGGAAUGCUGAGUCUAUAUUACCGAAAAAGAAGCCUUGGUUUCAAUGGCUCUCAGUUUUAGUAGUAGCCACUCUGGCAGUAGUGCUACUUUUAAACAUCUUCUACCGGCAUAUUACACUUUCAGGAAAAUCGAAUAUUAAUAAUUUGAUGGAUAAUAAUGGUUUUCCAGUCCAAGCAUUUCUAAAUGGAACCUUCCAAAGCCAAGAUGCAGCCUUUAAGUUUUUAUCGCCUCCUACAAUGGACGACAUCACCAAAAAUAAAGAUGAAGGGUUAUAUAUAACUAUGGAAACAAAUUCCCAAGACGAAAAUGUAAUAGUAGCAAAGAAGCUAAAGGAUAGAGAUUUUUCAGUACUCAUUUCAAACACACGCUUUGAUUUCAAUGGGGCUAAUCAUGAACUAGAGUCUAUAAUAGUGGCAUUCUCGCUGGACUAUGCGAUUUUAGGAACAAGCAUCUUUAAGGCACACCGGCACUCAUCUUCAGCUUUGUAUUGGCUUUACGAUAUAAAUUCUGGUGCUAUUUAUCCAAUUAAACCAAAUGACUCAAUAUCUCCACAUCCUAGAUUAUCAUUUUGUCACUUCUCUCCUAACUAUAAUUACUUGUAUUUUGUCCAUGAAAACGAUUUGUACGUCCAACGUAUUCGUGACCCGAAUGAUGUUCGCAGAGUAUCUUUUGAUGGUUCAAAAACUAUUAUUAACGGAAGAACAGACUGGGUUUAUGAAGAGGAACUCAUCAGCGAUGAUGUCGCAGUUUGGUGGUCUCCCGAUGAUUCAAAACUUACAUAUGCAAGAAUUGAUGAUACCAAGGUUAAUAGCUAUGAAUUUCCAAUAUUCAUUAAUGGAAUGCAAUCUACUUCCAAAAAAGAAGUUAAAUACCCACUUCCAGGAAUGAACAAUCCAGAACUAUCCCUCUUAUAUUUUGAUUUAACUGACAACUCAUCUGGAAAGAUCGAAAACACAAAUCAUGAGGACAAGUCGCUACUUUACUAUGCAAAAUGGCUGGAUGAGAACAACUUUCUUUAUAAAAUGUCUGAUCGGGAGUCAAAAAUACUCCAUACGAUGGUUUACAACUAUCCAGAAAAGAAAGCAGAGACUCUUCGGACUAGAGAUGCAACAAAAUAUCAUGGAUGGAUAGAAAAAUGUAAAGAUAUUAUUACAAUUCGUAACGAAUCCAACGGAGCGUCCUUUCUUGAUGUUUUACCAGAUGCUAAUGGAUAUCCACACAUUUUCUAUUUCAAUUCACCAAAGGAUAAAGACCCAAAACAAAUCACAAAGGGAGAAUAUGAAGUCAAGGAUUUGGUAGCUGUGGAUAAGGAGCAGAAUAUCGUGUUUUUCCACUCAAAUUACUUUCACCCAAUGGGUCAGCAACUUCUCUCCACAUCGCUUGUAGGUGAAGAAGAAGCAGGAGAUGAAAAGCAAAUCCUAGUAAAUCAAGAAAAGUAUGAAUACUCCAAGUUCAUUCUUUCACCUAGCGGUCAAUUUGCGAUUAAGCAAUAUCUCGGACCAGAUAUUCCGGAAACAAUUACUGGGAGUACAAAUCACAUUAUCCAAACAGAUAAUGAAGAUAAAAAUCUCAUUUCAAUAACUAAAAACGAGCAUAUUAAAGACGCUAUACAAAGGUACAAUUUCCCUGUGACAUCUUAUAGAGAAAUGCAUCUAGAAGACGAUGUCAUCAUCAAUUACAUCGAGAUUAAGCCAAAAAACUUUGACCCAAAAGUCUUGCACCCUUUAUUAGUUUACGUUUAUGGAGGACCAGGUUCAGAAACAUUUACCACAAAAUUCUCAGCUUCAUUAGAAGAGAGUUUAUCGUCAAAUAUUAAUGCAAUCGUCUUAAAAAUAGAGCCUCGUGGUACAGGAGGCAAGGGUUGGAAGUUUCGAAGUUGGGCAACUGAAAAAUUAGGAUUCUGGGAACCUCGAGAUCUUGUAACGGUUACCCAAAACUAUAUAAAAGAAAAUGAAGGGGUAAUUGAUGAAGAUAAGGUUGCUGUUUGGGGAUGGUCAUAUGGAGGGUUCGUUACUUUAAAAACAUUAGAAUAUGAUAAAGGAAACACUUUCAAAUACGCUGUAUCAGUAGCCCCAGUUACGAACUGGAAGUAUUAUGACUCUAUAUACUCGGAAAGGUAUUUAGGGUUGCCUUUAAAAACGGAUGCAUAUGAAAAGGUUUCUAGAGUAAAGGAUUACGACUCCUUUGGGCUUUCAAAAAGAUUUUUGUUAAUUCAUGGAACAGCGGAUGAUAAUGUCCAUAUUCAAAAUACAUAUGAUUUUGUUGAUAAUCUGAAUCUACAAAACGUCAGAAACUUUGAUUUACAUAUAUUCCCAGAUUCAGAUCAUUCAAUUAUGUUUCAUAACGCUCAACGGAUGGUGUAUGAAAAGAUAUAUUAUUGGAUUAAGAACGCAUUUUUAGGUAAGUUCGAACAUUUACAGUAA